CCUAAAGAAAAGAAAAAGGAAAAGGAAAACCGCCGCCCUUUCUCUCAGCCGUUUCAUUCCGCCGUUCCUCCCCCCUUUUCCUCCCUGCUGCAACAGUGCCAAUGGCGGCCGCCGUCGAAGAGAACUUGUCGCGCGAGCAGUACGUGUACAUGGCUAAGCUUGCCGAGCAAGCCGAGCGCUACGAGGAGAUGGUGCAGUUCAUGGACAAGCUGGUCCUCGGUUCGACCCCAGGCGCCGAGCUAACGAUCGAGGAGCGCAACCUUCUCUCCGUCGCCUACAAAAACGUGAUCGGCGCCCUCCGAGCCGCCUGGCGCAUCGUCUCUUCCAUCGAGCAGAAGGAGGAGUCCAGGAAGAACGACGACCAUGUCGCGCUCAUCAAGGAGUACCGAGCAAAGGUUGAAUCCGAACUGUCUCAGGUCUGUGCCGGAAUCCUCAAUCUUCUACAGUCCAACCUUGUUCCGUCUGCGAGCUCCAGCGAAUCCAAGGUGUUUUACCUCAAGAUGAAGGGCGACUACCACCGCUACCUUGCUGAGUUCAAGGUAGGCGACGAGCGGAAGCAGGCGGCUGAUGAUACUAUGAGCUCCUACAAGGCUGCUCAGGACAUUGCUCUGGUUGAUCUGCCUUCAACGCAUCCUAUAAGGCUUGGGCUUGCCUUGAAUUUCUCAGUUUUCUACUUUGAAAUCCUCAACUCAUCGGACAAAGCAUGUGUCAUGGCAAAACAGGCAUUUGAGGAAGCAAUAGCCGAGCUAGAUACAUUGGGCGAGGAGUCAUACAAGGACAGCACCCUGAUCAUGCAACUCCUACGGGACAAUCUAACUCUUUGGACUUCAGAAAUCCAGGAUCAGGAUGAGCCUUGAAUCAGCUGAGGGCUCGUGGUUGUGGGUUUAAUGUCAUGCAUGCAUGCCCUCUCCCUCUAAUUGUGUAAUUUUCUUCAUCCAUUGUCUUUGUUUGUUGUGUAAGUUCCCAAAUUUCAUUUAUCUGUGUAAAAAUUAGUCUAACAGCAGAAACCCUUUAAUCUUGAAGGGAGGGAGGGUGGGUGCGUCGGGGAUUGAGGUGUGAAACAUAUGAUGAUUGUUUGUGGGAAU